AUGCCGGAGAAGCGGCCGUUCGAGCGGCUGCCCGCCGACGUGUCCCCCAUCAACUAUGGGCUCUGCCUCAAGCCGGACCUCAUCGACUUUACCUUCGAGGGCAAGCUGGAGGCCGCCGUGCAGGUGAAAAAUGCAACCAACCAAAUAGUGAUGAACUGCGCCGACAUCGACAUCAUCACCGCGUCCUACGCCCCGGAAGGAGACGAAGAAAUUCACGCCACAGGGUUCAACUAUCAGAAUGAAGAUGAGAAGGUCACUCUGUCCUUCCCCAGCACCUUGCAGAAAGGGCCGGGGACGCUGAAGAUUGACUUUGUGGGGGAGCUGAAUGACAAGAUGAAGGGCUUCUACCGCAGCAAGUACAGCACGGCCAGCGGGGACACGCGCUACGCUGCUGUCACCCAGUUCGAGGCUACAGAUGCUCGCAGAGCUUUCCCCUGCUGGGAUGAACCUGCAAUUAAAGCAACGUUUGAUAUUUCUCUGGUGGUUCCCAAAGACAGAGUGGCUUUGUCAAAUAUGAACGUUCUGGAGCGCCGGCCGUACCCCGACGACGACAGCCUGGUGGAGGUGAAGUUCGCGCGCUCUCCGGUCAUGUCCACCUACCUGGUGGCCUUCGUGGUGGGCGAGUACGACUUCGUGGAGGCGCGCUCGCAGGACGGCGUGCUGGUGCGCGUCUACACGCCGCUGGGCAAGGCCGAGCAGGGCAAGUUCGCCCUCGAGGUUGCUGCUAAGACUCUUCCUUUCUACAAGGAUUAUUUCAACGUUCCCUACCCCCUGCCCAAGAUCGAUCUCAUCGCUAUCGCCGAUUUCGCUGCGGGUGCCAUGGAGAACUGGGGCCUCGUCACCUACAGGGAGACUGCCCUGCUCAUUGAUCCCAAAAAUUCCUGCUCCUCGUCGCGCCAGUGGGUGGCUCUGGUGGUGGGGCACGAGCUGGCACACCAGUGGUUUGGGAACCUCGUCACCAUGGAGUGGUGGACGCACCUGUGGCUGAACGAGGGUUUUGCGUCGUGGAUCGAGUACCUGUGCGUGGAUCACUGCUUCCCCGAGUUCGCCAUCUGGAGCCAGUUCGUGUCGGCCGACUACAGCCGCGCGCAGGAGCUGGACGCGCUGGCCAGCAGCCACCCCAUCGAGGUCAGCGUGGGCCACCCCUCCGAGGUGGAUGAGAUUUUUGACGCCAUUUCCUACAGCAAAGGGGCCUCGGUGAUCCGCAUGCUGCACGAGUACAUCGGAGACGAGGAUUUUCGGAAAGGAAUGAACCUGUACCUGACCAAGUUCCAGCACAAAAAUGCUUCCACAGAAGAUCUCUGGGAGAGCUUGGAAAGAGCCAGCGGAAAACCCAUCGCGGCCGUCAUGGGCACGUGGACCAAGCAGAUGGGCUUCCCUCUCAUCUCCGUGCAGGCCGAGCAGCAAGAAGAUGACAAAGUGUUGAAAUUGGUUCAGAAAAAAUUCUGUGCCAGUGGACCAUACACAGGGGACGAUUUCCCCACGUGGAUGGUUCCCAUCAGUAUCUGCACCAGCGAGGACCCCGGCUCUCCCAAAAUUCAGGUUCUGAUGGACAAGGCCGAGCUCACCGUGGUGCUCAAGGACACCAAGCCCGAGCACUGGGUCAAGCUGAACGUGGGCACCGUGGGGUUCUACCGCACGCAGUACAGCCCGGCCAUGCUGCAGAGCCUCAUCCCGGCCAUCAGGGACCUGUCCCUGCCCCCCGUGGACAGGCUGGGGCUGCAGAACGACCUCUUCUCCCUGGCCCGAGCUGGGAUCAUCAGCACGGUGGAAGUGCUCAAAGUGAUGGAAGCUUUUGUGAACGAGCCCAACUACACGGUGUGGAGCGACCUGAGCUGCAACCUGGGCAUCCUGGGCACGCUGCUGUCCCACACCGACUUCCACGAGGACAUGCAGGCCUUCGUCAGAGACGUCUUCUCCCCCAUCGGGGACAGGCUGGGCUGGGACCCCAAACCUGGGGAGGGUCACCUGGAUGCCCUCCUGAGGGGUUUGGUACUGGGCAAACUGGGCAAGGCUGGGCACAAGGGCACGCUGGAGGAGGCUCGGCGCCGCUUCAGGGACCACGUGGAGGGGAAGCAAAUCCUGCCCGCUGACCUGAGGAGUCCUGUGUAUGUGACAGUGCUGAAGCACGGGGACAGCUCCACCCUGGACACCAUGCUCAAGCUGCACCGCCAGGCUGACCUGCAGGAGGAGCGGAACCGCAUCGAGCGCGCCCUGGGGGCGCUGGGACAGCCCGAGCUGCUGCACCGGGUGCUGGGCUUCGCCCUGUCCGAAGAGGUACGUCCCCAGGACACGGUGUCAGUGAUUGGAGGAGUGGCUGGAGGCAGCAAGCAGGGCAGGAAAGCUGCUUGGAAAUUCGUAAGGGACAACUGGGAGGAGCUUUAUAAUCGAUACCAAGGUGGAUUUUUAAUAUCCAGAUUAAUAAAGCUCACAGUGGAUGGAUUUGCAAAUGAUAAAAUGGCUGCAGAAGUGAAGGCGUUUUUCGAGAGCCACCCGGCUCCCUCGGCGGAGCGCACGGUUUGCGAGAACAUCCUGCUCAACUGCGCCUGGCUCCGCCGCGACUCCGACUGCAUCCAGCGCUUCCUGCGGCAGCGCCGCGGCCCCGAGUGAGCCGGGGAGAACCGGGAGAGCCGGGGGGAGCCGGGCCAGCCCCGGGAUAACCCCGGGAUAACCCCGGGAUAGCCCCGGGAUAGCCCCCGGUGACCCCGCAGCUCCACCGGGGCUUGGGGCUUUGAGCGCCGCUCUGCGGCCUCCCCCGCUGAUCCCCGCGGCUCCGCCUCUCUCCUGUGCUCUCUGCCCCUUGGCUUCCCCCUCCUUCCUUUGGGCUCCUUCCUCCUUUUUUUGGGUCAUUUCUCCUGUUUUGGGUCAUUUCUCCUGUUUUGGGUCAUUUCCCC